AUGUUUGUGCGGCCGUACAUAAUGGCGCGUCCAAAUAGCGGGACGGCAACGGCGCGGGGAAAGUUGCGGUGCGGCAACGGCGCGCGAUCGAUAGGCGCCCGGGCGUCGGGUCGGGUGGCGGGGGGAAGGGAUGGCGCGGCCCGGAAAGGGAACACGUGCUCCGCUGACAUACCUGACGGUGCGCUCGUGACUAGCUUUUGCCCGCGGACCCGUUCGCGCUCGCGUUACGCUGUUGAAUAUCCACCAGUA